UUGUGUGGCAGCUGCUUCCGGCUGGAGCUCAGUGCAGCACGAACGGGUCUCAGCUCCUUGUCAUGUCCUACGGUCCCUUAGACAUGUACCGGAACCCAGGGCCCGCAGGGCCUCAGCUCCGGGACUUCAACAGCAUUAUCCAGACAUGCAGUGGCAACAUCCAACGGAUCAGCCAAGCCACUGCUCAGAUAAAGAAUUUGAUGAGCCAACUAGGAACUAAACAGGACUCAAGCAAACUACAGGAAAAUCUACAACAGUUACAACACUCUACAAAUCAGCUUGCCAAGGAAACAAAUGAAUUGCUGAAGGAGUUAGGGUCCUUGCCCCUUCCCUUAUCUACUUCAGAACAGCGCCAGCAGAAACUUCAGAAGGAACGCCUCAUGAAUGACUUCUCUGCAGCCUUAAACAGUUUCCAGGUUGUGCAGAGAAAGGUAUCUGAAAAGGAAAAGGAGAGUAUUGCCAGAGCCAGAGCUGGAUCUCGCCUAUCUGCAGAGGAGAGGCAAAGAGAAGAACAGCUGGUCUCAUUUGACAGCCAUGAAGACUGGAACCAGAUGCAAAGCCAGGAGGAUGAAGUAGCCAUCACUGAGCAGGAUUUGGAACUUAUUAAAGAAAGAGAAACAGCAAUUCGGCAGCUGGAGGCUGACAUUUUGGAUGUCAACCAGAUAUUUAAAGAUUUGGCUGUGAUGAUCCAUGACCAAGGUGAUCUGAUUGAUAGCAUAGAAGCCAAUGUGGAAAGCUCAGAGGUGCAUGUUGAAAGAGCCACUGAUCAGUUACAGCGUGCUGCUUACUAUCAGAAAAAAUCUCGCAAGAAGAUCUGUAUCCUGGUGCUUGUGCUGUCAGUGGUUCUUUUAGUCGUGGGAUUUAUUAUCUGGGUAGCUAAUAAAUGACGUGAGUGCCCCAGAGCCUCCUUCCGCUCAGCUGCUUUCCAGGGCAAGGGCUUGUUGGAGUCUUGCCAGAACAAACUGAUCACAAGAAACGAGCUGACACCGGACUGUCCUGUAAUAAUUUAGUUAGAAACUAACUACUAACUAGUCCUUGGAAUUAGUGACCUGUGGAGACAGUAUUUAUCAAUUUAUGUAUACAUCUUAUGGAUUUCUCAAAUUAGGAAGUAACAUAUAUGGAUUUUGCUUUCUCUUGUAUUUUUAUUGCCCUUUGUCCCAAGUAUAUACUGAAGAUUCCAUUCUAGAUGCUCUUGUUUUCACAGGUGACACUACAGUCUCGUAAUAUUGUCUUUUAUGUGCAUACCACGAUUUACCUUUUUAUUAGCAGCUAAAUAGAAUUACAUUUUGGUGCCCUGCAUAUUGGAGUCUGUCAGAAACUGUAUAAAUAAGUCAACAAUUUUUAUUAUUUAAUAUUUGGAUUUGAAUUUCUUAGAAGUCUAUUCUCUAUCUGCUUUGAAAAAUGUUGGCACUGUAUUGAACUGUAAAGUAAAAAUUGCCUAUGUGAUCCGGAUUAAAUGAAAAGGAUCUAUUUGAGCUUGGGGUACAUGUUACUAAGUUGGGCUUAAAGUUCAC